GCGUCCGGCUGGUCCUGCUGGGCCUCGGGGGGCCCCCGGCUGGCCCCAUGGAGUUCUCCGAGCUGAUCCACACGGGCCGGGCCCAGGCCGAGCUCCGGCGGGGUGGGGAGGCGCCCCCGCUGCGCGGCACGCUGUGUGUCACCGGGCACCACCUGCUGCUGUCGCCCGGGCCCCAGUCCACUCCGGACCUGUGGCUGCUGCUGCUGCGUAGUGUCGACUCGGUGGAGAAGCGGGUCGCAGGUGGCUCGGGCACCAUCACCCUGCGCUGUAAGGACUUGAGGGUUCUGCAGCUGGACAUAGAGGGCGUGGAAACGACGCUGGACAUCGCCCGCUCCAUCGAGGCGCUGUCCUCCCUGGAGUCGGUGAUCACCUCCUUCCCGUUCUUCUACCGCCCCAAGGGCCUGCGAUUGGGCGACGCUUGGCACUUCCACCCACCGGAAAGCUACUACAAGCGCGUGGCCCGCGAGACCACCGCGUGGCGGCUGAGCGAAGUGAACCAGGACUUCGGCUUGUGCCCCAGUUACCCCCGAGCGGUGAUCGUGCCCCGCGAGGUGAACGAUGACGCCCUGGCCCGCAGCGCCCGCUUCCGCCAGGGAGGCCGCUUCCCGGUGCUCAGCUACUACCACGCGCCCACGCGAACCGUUCUGCUCCGCUCCAGCCAACCACUGGCUGGGCCCCAGAAGAAGCGCUGCGCUGAAGAUGAGGAGCUGCUCGGAGCGGUCCUGGCCUGUGUCCACCUUGGGGCCCGGGGCUUCAUUGUGGACACACGAUCAGCCCAAGCUGCCAAACAGGCCCGCUUAACUGGCGGGGGUACAGAGGCUAAGGCUGCCUACCCUGGCUGGAGGCGGCUGCAUCGACCCCUGGAGAGGGGGCGACCCCUGCAGGAGAGCUUCGUGCGCUUGGUGAAGGCUUGUGGGGACACAGAGCAGAGCAUGGACCUCUGGCUCAGUCGGCUAGAGAGCUGCCACUGGCUGGCACAUGUGAAGGAGGCUCUGACCACUGCCUGCCUGGCAGCACAAGGCAUGGAGAGGGAAGGCGCCUGCAUCCUGGUACAUGGGUCUGAAGGCACAGACAACACCCUACUGGUGACUUCAUUGGCUCAACUCAUCCUAGACCCCUUGAGCCGGACCAUGACUGGAUUCCAGGAACUGGUGGAGCGGGAAUGGAUCCAGGCUGGCCACCCCUUCCAGCUGCGCUGUGCCCACUCGGCUUUCUCCCACGCUCACCCCAAGCAUGAAGCACCCACCUUUCUUCUCUUCCUGGACUGUGUGUGGCAGUUGAGCCGCCAGUUCCCGCUGUCCCUGGAGUUUGGGGAGGGGCUGCUGUUGACACUGUUUGAGCACGCCUAUGCCUCCUCUUUUGGUACCUUCCUGUGCAACAGUGAGAAGGAAAGAUGCCUCUGUGAAGUGAGAACUCGAACACACUCCCUGUGGUCUGCACUCAACCAGCCAAAAGCGCAACGAAAACUCCGGAAUCCACUCUACGUCCUCAAUCCCUUGACCAUCUGGCCCUCGGUGGAGCCCCAGAGUCUGCGGCUGUGGCAAGGAUUGUUUCUGCGUUGGAGCCGCUCCCCUGAGUCUUCAGAAGUAGUGUGGGAGAAGGUGUGGCAGAUUGUGGCAGAAGGGGAGAAGACAGAAGGUGCUCAGCCCACAGCCUCGGCUUGAGCUCUCAAGCCUGGCUCAUGGAGUAGUGGCUAAGUGAUCCUAGGCCCCUCCAGUGCUUUGACCCCCCCAGAUGACAGUGCCUGCAACCCAGGUUAGCCCAGAUUACUGAAGUCCAGAGUGUAAGGAAGAGACCUGAAUAAUAAUAAAGGUAUCCGUGAUUGGCACCAA